AUGGAUAAUCUACAACAUUACUUGCAAGCGGACGUCCUAGAAACAAAUUUCUCUCGGCUAAUGGAAGCUGUGAAUAAAACCAAUGACUUCGAGAAACUGAAGAAGGCCCACGCGAACUUCCUAGCCGAUGUACUGAGUCAAUCGUUCUUGACUGUUAUGCCCGAAGACGGCGAAAGUGCAUCGGACACCAUAGACUGCAUAAACAAUCCGGUGUUGAACAAUAUAGUUGAGUUACUGCGUCUGGGCCACUCGUUUUGCAGACUCAGCGAAUAUACCAGUGACGCGGACGACGAAGAUUAUUAUAUUAGAGGAUACUCUGAAAGGUUCAACAAGUUGGUGAAACAGCUGAUGCAGCUCCUGGUUUCGCUCCGAGAGCGGCCUUGUGGGGUCUACCUGGCGCGACUCCUUAUGCGCUUGGAUUACAACCGAUGGCUGAGCGCGGAGGCUCAACUAACACAAUCCGUUACAAAUAUGCUGCGAUACUAG